GCUGAGGGAAGGUGACGGUGCUGUUUUGAAGGGGGAGAUCUCGCGCGGCUGCUGCUUCCUUUCAUUCUCGGCUCCGGUCGGCGCUUUUUUUGUCGUCUCGCCGCUGUCAUGAGUUACGACCGGGCCAUCACCGUUUUCUCCCCGGACGGGCACCUGUUUCAGGUUGAAUAUGCCCAGGAAGCCGUGAAGAAAGGCUCCACCGCGGUUGGAGUGCGAGGAAAAGAUAUUGUAGUUCUUGGUGUGGAGAAAAAAUCUGUGGCGAAACUGCAAGAUGAGAGAACUGUCCGAAAGAUCUGUGCCCUUGAUGACAAUGUCUGCAUGGCUUUUGCAGGUCUUACCGCAGAUGCCCGGAUAGUUAUAAAUAGAGCCCGAGUGGAAUGUCAAAGCCAUAGACUCACAGUGGAAGAUCCAGUCACUGUGGAAUAUAUUACACGUUAUAUCGCUAGCUUGAAGCAGCGAUAUACCCAGAGUAAUGGCCGCAGACCUUUUGGUAUUUCUGCCCUUAUUGUAGGGUUUGAUUUUGAUGGAACUCCGAGGCUGUAUCAGACUGACCCUUCUGGCACUUACCAUGCUUGGAAGGCUAAUGCAAUUGGCAGAGGAGCAAAAUCCGUGCGGGAAUUUCUGGAGAAAAAUUAUACUGAUGAAGCCAUUGAAACUGAUGAUCUGACAAUUAAACUUGUUAUCAAAGCCCUUCUUGAAGUUGUACAGUCUGGUGGAAAAAAUAUUGAGCUGGCUGUUAUGAGAAGAAACCAACCUCUCAAGAUACUGAGCCCUGAUGAAAUUGAAAAAUACGUUGCUGAAAUUGAAAAAGAGAAAGAAGAGAAUGAGAAGAAGAAACAGAAGAAAACUACAACAUGAUGAAUGAAUUUCUUUAGUUUUGGUUUUUAAAUCAAUCAUGAGUCUGUAUAAAUAUGUAAGCAUUCUAUUUCCUUGUUCUCUGCCCCUUUUAAGAGGUCUACAAUAAACCACCUGUUUUUUUAAGCUU